UACAUGUCAUUAGGUGUACUGUAAACUAUCCUGGGCAGAGCCCAUGAGGUGGACAAUGCGGCUUAGAAUUGGAGAUUCCUCUCUCAACUCUUAAUACAUUGACACAGAAGCUGUGAGUACAGGCUGUGCACAGCAGGCAUUUAAGAGAAACAGCUCCUCUUCAGCCUUUACCCAAGACCUAAGACAUAAUACUCUACUGUCCUUCUGGUAGCCAAGAUUGAGAUCUGUUUGUUGGUUCACCAUGUCUAGUGCCUUAAGCUCCAAAGAGUUCAGAGGGCCCAGUCUUGCAGAUGUUAACCAGUACAGCCAAUGGUUGGCUAGCCGACAUGAAGCCAGUCUUCUGCCCAUGAAGGAGGACCUAGCUUUGUGGCUUACCAGCUUUUUGGGUAAGGAAAUAACAGCAGAGAGAUUCAUGGAAGAAUUAGAUAAUGGAGUCUUAUUAUGUCAGUUGGCAGAGACCCUACAGGAGAAAUUCAAGGAAAACAGUAGUGAACCAAUGAGCCCCAACAAGGAUGCACUUGUUAAAAGAAUACCCUGCAAGACCAGCGCCCCCUCUGGGUCUUUUUUUGCCCGUGACAACACUGCCAACUUUCUGGCUUGGUGCCGAGAAGUCGGGGUCGGGGACACUUGCCUGUUUGAGUCAGAGGGUUUGGUCCUUCAUAAGCAGCCCAGAGAAGUGUGUCUCUGCUUACUGGAACUGGGAAGAAUAGCAUCCAGGUAUGGAGUGGAGCCUCCUGGGCUUAUCAAGUUGGAGAAGGAGAUUGAACAGGAGGAGAAGAUUCCACUUCCUCCUCCUUCCCCAGUCUCUCCGUCAUCUGUAAAGUCUCCAAGUAGAAAGAGUACCGGGAAGAUUCUUGAUGAUGCUGUAAAACAUAUUGCGGAGGAUCCACCAUGCAAAUGUCCCAACAAGUUCUGUGUUGAAAGGCAGUCUCAGGGCAGAUACAAAGUUGGAGAAAAGAUUCUCUUUAUCAGGAUGCUACACAACAAACAUGUGAUGGUGCGAGUCGGAGGCGGCUGGGAGACAUUUGAGGGCUACCUAUUGAAGCAUGAUCCUUGCCGAAUGCUUCAGAUAUCUCGGGUGGAGGGGAAAAUCUCACCAGUUUCAAUGAAAUCGCCUAGCAUCAAGGAUCUUGGACCUGACAACUAUCUGGUGGUGGCAGCACAUUACAGAGGAAAAAAAUAACCACAGCUAGAGAAUGACCAUGUCCAGGAAGGGACCAUCCACUAGACAAUGCACACUGCCUCAUGUAUAAAUUAUUUAGAGCAUCUCUCAUCUGAUUUCCUGGAUAUGGAGGGAGGAGUGUGGAAUAGAUAGGACAGACUGGAUAGAACUUUAAAGUUGUUGCAUUUAGCUCUCUAUACUAACAUACAAUUGAACUUAUUCGUGGAUCACUCAAAACACCCGUCUCUUCCAUUGGUAUUUUGUUUUAAAAAUAGGAUAACUGGCCUACCAUUGUGGAAGACGUCUGUGUAAGCAGUGAAUUUUGUUAAAAUGCUUUUACCAAAUUAUUUAACCAGCCUUUUACUCUUGUUCGACAAUUUCAAGCUGCUUCUCCCCUUCCACGCAAUUUGCUACAUAUUUACAUUUCACGAAAGACUGCUUAGCAUUGGCAACAAAAAAUAUCUUUUAAGUGAAUCAGUAUUAUAAUUAUUUUGCUUAAGGGCUUCUGGUAUUUUUAUUUGCUGCCGAUCACAGCUGAUUUUUUUUCUAGAUUUUCGUGUACUUUUUGUUAUUGUGCAUUAUGGAAAAAAUUAAAUGUACUUUUAUUAUUUUUAUGUAGCGCUUCAACUUAUUGUAUCGCAAUGCGUGCUUGUUCUAAGGAAUUGUGCCUUUUGUUGCUUGGUUAUUUUUUAAUUUGACUUGAAAUACUGUCAUUUCUGAAAAAUAAUGUCAAAAUAUCGUGGUCUACAGAUUAAUAAGAAAGUAUUUUAAACAUUUUGGAUGGAUUAUUGUAGCGUUCUAGCAUCUUAUAAACAGUUCUGUAUAAUGCUGACUUAUGUCAAUGGACUAUACUUGCUUCAAGUUAGAAUGAGUUAACAUUGCGUUGACAUUGUCUAAA